AUGCUCCUAUUUUGCCCGGAAUGCGGCUCAUCUUUGCAAGUUGAGGAGGGUUCCAACUGUUAUCAAUUCACUUGUCAUAACUGCCCAUACGUACAACCAAUUACCAAACUUAUAAAGAGCCGGCAUUAUCCGAAACUGAAAGAUUUGGAUGAAGUUCUCGGUGGUCCUGGCGCCUGGGAAAACGCUCAAAUUACAGACGAACGGUGUCCUCGUUGUGCUGGUCCUCGAGCAUAUUUCAUGCAAUUGCAAACACGUAGUGCUGAUGAGCCAAUGACUAUUUUUUAUCGUUGUGCCAAUUCAGAGUGUGCUCAUCGUUGGAAAGAAUAA